AUGAUUCGACCCACCUUCGUUGGUGCCAUAGACCAGGGCACCACCAGCUCUCGGUUCCUCAUCUUCAACCAGAAGGGUGACAUGGUCGCAACACAUCAGCUAGAGUUUCCGCAGCACUAUCCGCAUUCUGGUUGGCAUGAGCAGGACCCUGAAGUUCUCGUUUCGUCAGUAGAGACUUGCAUAAACGGGGCUGUCGAGGAGUUUGAGAACGCGGGUCACACCCGCGAGCAGAUUGUCGCCGUGGGCAUCACCAACCAGCGCGAGACCACCGUUGUCUGGGAUAAGACGACGGGCAAGGCGCUGCAUAAUGCUGUUGUCUGGACCGAUGCUCGGUCACAAGAGCUGGUCCGCAAGCUGAAGCACCGCAUCGGCUCCGGCGAGCUCAUCAGCCGCUGUGGCAUCCCUCUUUCCACAUAUCCCUCCGCCAGCAAGCUGCUGUGGCUCCUUGAAAAUGCACCCGCGGUUAAGGAGGCCUAUGAGGCUGGAACUCUGGCAUUCGGCACAGUCGAUUCUUGGCUCGUAUACAAGCUGAACGGCGGCCCAGCCCGCAACAUCCACGUCACAGAUCCCUCCAACGCCUCACGGACAAUGUUCAUGAACAUUGAGACCCUUGAGUACGACGAUGAUCUCCUCGACUGGUUCCGCAUCGAUCGCAAGAAGGUCACGCUUCCCAAGAUCGUUAGCUCCUCCCAUCCUCAGGCGUACGGCUCGCUCACCUUCACUGCUCUCAAGGGCGCCAGAAUCACCGGCUGCUUGGGCGACCAGUCUGCCGCCCUGGUUGGCCAGAAGGGGUUCACCGCUGGCCUUGCCAAGAACACCUAUGGCACUGGAUGCUUCUUGCUGUACAAUGUAGGCCCUAAGCCCGUCAUUUCAAAACACGGUCUUAUGACUACCGUUGCCUUUGACUUUGGCGAGGGUAAGCGGAUGUAUGCUCUCGAGGGCAGCAUCGCCACCGCCGGAUCCAGCGUCACAUUUCUGGUAGAAAACUUUGGCUUCAUCGAGUCGCCAUCCAAGCUGAGUGCCCUCGCCGAGGAGGUUGAGGACAGCGGAGGCUGCACUUUCGUCACUGCAUUCAGUGGUCUCUUUGCCCCCUACUGGAUUGAUGAUGCUCGGGGAACCAUCUUUGGCAUCACUGCCUACACCAAGCGCGGCCACAUUGCCCGUGCCACCCUCGAGGCCACAUGCUUCCAGACGCAAGCCAUUCUGAAAGCCAUGGAGAAGGACAGUGGAGCGCCGCUCACGGAGCUUCGCGUGGAUGGUGGCAUGUGCGCCUCCGAUUUGAUUAUGCAGACACAAUCAGAUUUCAUUGGCUUCCCUGUCAACAGACCCGGAAUGCGUGAAACAACGGCGCUUGGUGCUGCCAUGGCCGCAGGGUUCGCAGUGGGUGUCUGGAAGAGCUUUGAGGACCUCAAGGACGUGAACAACGAGGGCCGCACCAUCUUCCGGCCCCAAAUUUCAGAAAAGGAGGCGCGCAAGCGGUUCGCACGAUGGGAGAAGGCGGUCGAUAUGAGUAGAGGAUGGUUGAACGAGGCCGAGGUGUAA